AUGUUUGCUAAUGUUUCGGUUGUCAAUGUAUAUUUUGGGAAUAUAACAUUCCUUGACAAAUUAACAUCAUCAGUUGGUUGCCCAAACAAAUCUUUCUUGCUGCAUUUAGCUAGUAAGCCAGCAAAAAACCCAUAUAACAGUUUUAAAUCAUGGAGACCUAACAGAUCCAUUCCAUUAACUAUAUCAGUUGAAGAGUCGACAUUGCAUGCCUGCCCUGUAAAAGUUGCCAACUAUAUCGGUGGGAAAUUUGUGGAGUCACAGGCGUGUCAGUACCUUGAUGUAUUAAAUCCGGCUACUCAAGAAGUGGUUUCCCAAGUUCCUGUCACUACCUAUGAAGAGUUCAAAGCGGCUGUGGCUGCUGCGAAACAAGCAUUUCCUGCAUGGCGAAAUACGCCUGUGACCAUUCGUCAGCGCAUUAUGUUUAAGUUCCAAGAGCUUAUUCGCAGGGAUAUUGAUAAGAUUGUCAUGAACAUUGCAAUAGAGCAGGGAAAGACGUUGAAUGGAGCCAAAGGUGAUGUUCUUCGGGGUUUAGAGGUUGUAGAACAAUCAUGCGGUAUGGCAACUCUGCAGAUGGGGGAAUUCAUUCCGAAUGCCACCAAUGGAGUUGAUACAUUUUGUAUCAGAGAACCUCUUGGUGUUUGUGCUGGUAUAUGCCCCUUAAACCUACCGGCUAUGAUUUCUUUAUGGAUGUUUCCUAUUGCAGUUACCUGUGGCAACACAUUUGUUCUGAAGCCAUCUGUGAAAAAUCCAGGAGCUUCGAUGAUACUAGCAGCAUUGGCAGCAGAAGCUGGUCUACCUGAUGGUGUUUUAAAUGUUGUUCAUGGCACCCAUGAUAUUGUCAACUACAUCUGUGACGAUGAUGAUAUAAAAGCUAUAUCCUUGGUUGGUUCAAAUACAGCGGGUAUGCACACAUAUGCUAGGGCAGCAACAAGAGGCAAACGUGUUCAGUCCAACAUGGGAGCCAAAAAUCAUGCUAUAAUAAUGCCCGAUGCAAGUGCUGAUCCAACUUUGGAUUCUAUAAUUGCUGCUGGUUUUGGUGCUGCUGGACAGAGGUGUAUGACUCUGAGCACCCUUAUCUUUGUGGGUGGCUCUGCACCGUGGGAGAAGGAGCUUGUGGAUCGUGCAAAUGCUUUAAAAGUCAACGCGGGAACUGAAGUUGGGGCCGACCUUGGACCAGUUAUUAGUAGAGAGGCAAAGGAUCACAUAUGCAGAUUAGUUCAAAAUGGUGUUGAAAGAGGUGCCAGACUUCUCAUUGAUGGGAGAAAUAUUGUGGUUCCAAGGUACGAGAAUGGUAACUUCUUGGGCCCUACUAUAUUAUGUGAUGUCUCCCCAGACAUGGAUUGCUACAAGGAGGAAAUGUUUGGACCUGUUCUUCUUUGUAUGCAGGCUGACAGUUUGGAGGAAGCCAUUACUAUCGUCAAUAAAAACAGGUAUGGGAAUGGAGCUGCAAUAUUUACCACUUCUGGGGUUGCUGCUAGGAAGUUCCAGAAUGAUGUUGAGUCUGGGCUGGUUGGAAUAAAUGUUGCUGUUCCAAUACCUCUGCCAUUUUCAACCGUCAAUGGUUCAAAAGCAUCUUUUUCUGGGGAUCUCAAUUUCUGUGGAAAGGCUGGGGUCCAGUUUUAUACUCAGAUAAAAACAGUUGCACAACAAUGGAGGGACUUACCAACCAGAAAGGUGUCAUCAUUACAUCAUCCUCCACCCUCUGAGACAGAAAUGAGUUCUCGUGGGGCAUCCUUAACGCGGCCUCUUUCUUCUGAAAGUGAUUUGCACAGCAGGGAAGUAUCACGAGCGAUUCCCUCAGUAGCUUCACAGAAGGAUUUUUCCAGUGGCAGUUUUUACGUGCCUUUGCUCCCGAGUGAGAAGGAAGAUUUACCAAACUCCGAAGUCUUGCCUUCUACUCCACCAACCCGAGAACCUGAGUUACCUAGACAAGACGGUUCAUCAUUCUUGGCUUCAACAUCGGAAAGGGAUUCUAUUGAACAGAAAGUAUUGCUGUCCGUCCCUCAAGCUGCAGCAGUUCACAGAAGUUCUACAGAACCGAGUGGACCCAUUUCUUGGCAUCCAUAUUCCGAGAGAACGUAUCUCCCUCAGACAUCUGGAUGGGGUGAAUCUCUUCCUUUGAUUUCACCAAGGGCAGAAAUUUAUGGUGGCCCAGAUUCUCAGAGAAUCGAUAAAUUAGCUCCUGUAAUUCUAAGGGAAGAUGCGAUGGAGGAUUCAAAUUCUGAGAGGUUAUACUUUCCUCUGCCUUACACCAAUGAUGUGGCUCCAAUUUUCCUUUCUAAUGAGAAUGCUAGUCCGACCACUCAGCUGACAGACAUGAAUUCAAAUCCAUCUGCUGAUACAGUUUACACGCCGAUGAUAGCUCAGAGAACUGAAAAUGCGGGCUCGACAUCACGAGGGAGGGAUGAUACUCUCUUGCAGUUGAAACCAGAUAAGAUUUAUCUGGAAUCAUCAUUGUCAGGGAGAGAAAGCGUUGGUCUGAUACCUUUAAUGAGCGACUCAACGGUUCCCGCAUUAUCAUCUCGGAGUGUGUACUUGUCCAAUACUUGCAGAGACGGAAUAAUGCCUCCUAAAUCUGAUGAUGGUUGUCUAACUUCAGACAUUGAGUGUGAAGUUCUGUCGGUAUCAUCUGAAUCAGAGAGGCUGUUCACGCCUGCAAGCUCUCAGAGCAUGUACAUGCAGAACUCGGUGUUGUCAACGCAUGAUUAUAGUGGUCAGGAAUUUACUGCUAAUCAAGCUUCUUCCUCUCGGACAUCAUAA